CAUUGACUCAACUCUUACUCUUAGAGUUAUAGACUACUAAGAUCUAGAUAAGGGUUUAGAUCUAGAAUCUAGAUUUAACUUAGAUCUAUAUAGAUAUAGACACCAAUAGAUCUGGCUCUAGAUCUAUAUACUAUUAUAGUGGUAAAUUAUAACACGUUACUUGAGCAUGUCACCUGACUGAAAGAGUACUGUUUUGUCCUUGGUAAAAUUAUUGAGUAAGACAACAGAAAUGGAUUCAAGACUGCCCUCUCAGUCUGAGGACCUUAGUCCCAGCCAAAGCAAAACAAAAAAUUAUAGACAAAAAGCAAGGAAAAGUAUUGCAGUUUUCUUUGGUGUUAGCGAAGAGGAUGAAAUGAAUCAAAUGCGAUGGGAAAAAAGACGAAUGAGGAUAGCAAGCUCCAUUGGUAAGGGGUUAAAAGAUGAAUAUUUUGAUCAACAAGACAUGACAGAUGGGAGGCCGUCUGUUAUAGAUCCUCUGUCUCGUACAUCAAGGCAAAUGUCAAGGUAUUCAACUCACAGUGCUAUGGGUGCCAUAGGCCGAAGAGAUACGCGUAAGAAAUCUGUAAUAGCUAUGACAAUGCAAGGCAUCGCUGCAUUAAAUGCAAAUAAACAAGAAGCUCAAAGAAGAAAAUCAUUCAAAUAUCAAGGCCAAAGCUUUUCAAGAGGUCAAAGUUUUGCCAGGGGAAGUAUGAAGCCAACUUUGGAAGCACAACACUCAGAGGAUGCGUUUAGUUUAGUGGAUGAUGUCUUCUUUGAUGAGAGCCCUGUAACAGCAACCAGAGUUUCUGGCCCAGCAGGAGGCCCAGGACCAGGUUGGAGAAGAAAGCCUCCCGAAGCUUUACCUUCAACUCCAGGUGCCGAUAUGGUGGAUGGUUUUGGAUUUCAAAAGAUAAAGGAAAAAGUGAUUAGUACUGCAAGGAAACAUGAUAAACGGCAAAUUGGAAUGGGAGUUUUGAACAAUGUGACAAGACAGCGCUUAAAGAGUACAGUUUUAAUGAAUAAAGAAAUCAAACAACAAUUGGAUGACAUUGAUGAUCACAGGCCAUUCUUUACCUACUGGGUGACUUUUGUACAAAUUGUUGUCUUUGUAGUUUCACUUGCUGUCUAUGGUAUAGCACCCAUAGGAUUCCAGACAACUAUAGUGUCACAAAAUGUUCGUAUGCCGAAUCUUGCUAUCCAGACUGAAACGCAUGUAGAGUAUGAUAAUUUAUGGAUAGGGCCUCGGCAGGUUGACCUCAUUCACCUUGGUGCCAAAUAUUCUCCUUGUAUGAGAGUGGAUGAAAACUUGAAUGAAGCUAUAGGCUAUGACAGAGCUGAGGAGAGAGAAUCAGCUUGCUGUAUAAGGAAUGAUGGCUCUGGUUGCGUGCAGACUGUGCAGUCAGGGUGCAGUAAUGUUUUGUCUCGAUGGGAGAAGUGGGCUGGCAAUGAUUCAGUUGGAGUUUCUACUAGGUCCAGUGGCUCUGUCUGUGGCCAAGAUCCUAAAUAUUGUAACAAUCCUUCUUCCACACCACCCUUUGAGUGGCCUGAUGACAUCACCCAUUGGCCUCUGUGUUUGGAAACAGCCAAGCCCAACCAAUCGCUUGCUAGCCACAAAGAUGAGCAUAUGAGUUGUGAAAUACUAGGCCGGCCAUGUUGUUUUGGUAUCCAAGGAGAGUGUAUUAUAACAACAAGGGAGCAUUGUGAUCUUAAGAGAGGUUUCUUUCAUGAGGAGGCUACUCUGUGUUCGCAGGUGAACUGUUUUGAAGAAAUAUGUGGCAUGAUUCCUUUUGCCAAUCCAUCUUAUCCAGACCAGUUUUAUAGACUGUGGACAUCUCUCUUCCUUCACGGAGGACUUCUUCACUUAUUGUUGUCCAUUGUUUUCCAAAUGUGGAUCAUGAGAGAUCUGGAGAAAUUGAUGGGAGCUAUUCGUAUCUCUAUCAUUUACAUUGGUGCUGGAGUGGCUGGAAACUUGGCCAGUUGUACUUUCAUUCCCUAUCAAGUUGAGGCUGGCCCCUCUGGUUCUCAAUUUGGCAUUGCAGCUUGUUUACUUGUUGAAGUCUUGCAGAGUUACCAGAUGUACAAGCAUCCUGGACUUGCCAUCAUGAAAGUACUCGGUCCAGUCCUUUUCUUCUUCCUUCUUGGACUUCUUCCUUGGCUAGACAACUGGGCUCAUCUUUUUGGCUUCUUUUUUGGCUUUCUCCUGGCAUUUGCUUUAAUGCCCUAUGUUUCCUUUGGCCAAUUUGACAAGCGAAGAAAAAUCAUUAGUAUCAUUGUAUGCCUAGGUGGCGCUAUUGGCCUGUUUACAAUUUUAGUCCUGGUGUUCUAUGUGGCUCCCUUAACAGAUUGCCAUUGGUGUGUUUACCUUAACUGUAUUCCCUUUACAGCAGACUUUUGUGCUAACAUGGGGGUGAAAAUCAAGAAAAAUGCUACAUAUUCUAGUUACACAUGAAAUAACAUUGGUAUUAACCUGUCUAGUAUAUUUGUAUUUUUGUUUACAUAAUUCUUAUACUAUCUUUAUUUCAUUUUCCCCAUAAAUCUCAAAUUUCCUUAUAUUUCAAAAGUAAAUGAAAAACCAAGUCUUGGUCCAGAGAGUAAUUGCUUUGAUUGCCCUUGUUUGCUGGAUUAGAAAUGGAACAAACCUUAGAUGACAAUGUUGAUCUAUUUCAUUCUAACAUUCCUUUUUUUUUAAAAAUAAAACAAUAAUGUCCUACAGAUUUUGGUCUGCAUUUGGUUGGAAUUUCUUGUUAGAAAACAAAGCAAAUUAACAUGACACUUGGUGGAGCUGUUUGUUAAUUUAUGGUGAACAAUGUUUUGAUAGUGCUUUGUUUUGCACAGCUUUUUCUGUGCAUUCUACGUUUCCUGAAUGGGUUGCAAUAUAUCUAUGCAUACAAUGGUCUGUAAUAAUUAUUUUGGUAGGCAUUUUAUAGCUUUGAUCUCUGAAAAUUUAAGCUAAAUGUCACCUCUCAAUUUUUUUGUGCUAAUGUAUUUUUUUUUUUCACCUUUUGAUUAGUUACUGAUAUAUUAGGAUAUUAAACAAAUCUUAUAUGGUACACUUUAGCAUUAAAAUAUUUCAGUUUGCAAAAUAGAACUAUUCCUAUUAACAGUAUUAAGUUUAUCAUUUCAAAAAGGAUCAUUCCAAUAAGUAAAAGUUGGUCCUUAUGCUUUUUCUUUUUAAGAUAAUUUGUAAAUUGUUGAUUUUAUUUUAAAUUUACAUUAUGUUUAACUGGAGUAUCUAAAGUACGGAGUUAUUUAUCUUAAAACUGUAAUAAAAAAUUUUGGUUAUUGAUAAUGGUCAUAUAAUUUUUGUUUUUAUCCAGUCAGUUAGUAAGAUUCUAUUCAAGGUCCUGUUGGCAGCUGAUGUAAAUGUUACCAUUUUAUUUAGGGUCUCUUUCUUUAUUAUGGAUUCUUUCGGAAGUAUUCUUUAGAAAACAAACUGUCUUUUAUUAAUAAACUUUAUCUGCAUAUAUUUAUUUAAACUUAAGUAUAUACUGUACACCUGGUGUAGAAAUGCAAUAAUUUAUUUCAAUCUGUUUGAUAUUUUUUAAAAAUUUAUGAUGUGGUUUCCAGAUGUUCAGCUAUACUUCUUUCUGACCAUGAAUAAAGUAUGAUUCUGUUGCAACUUUGUUUCAGUAGAUGUUAUAAAUUGUUUCAGUAUAUGUUAUAAACUAUUUCAUGAAGGCUGAAAAUUAUUUGCUUUUUUUUUCUCCUGAAAAUCAUUGUUUAUAUAAUUAUGCAUGACUAAUACUAGUUUGUUACAAAAAAUAUUUUUUUAAAGCAUUGAUUUUGUUUUGUCUUUUAAUGCUGCACUACUUCAACUAACUACAUUUUAGUUGUGCAUUACAAUUGUAUCAAAGUAGUGAGAUGAUGGCUCAUAAAAUGCUAUUGAUGUUGACUUAGCUCAUUUCUAUUAUAUCAAAUGAUUUUAAUAUUUUUAAAAAUAGAUUUUCCUUAUUGAGGCAUAAUGUGGAUUAUAAAUUAACUGCCAUCAUCUCCCUUGCCAUAAUCAUCAAGUUUUAUAUAAUUUUCUUGGCUAUGUUUUAAUUUCAAUCCAAAUCUUCAACUCAGCAUUUUCCUUGCCAAAACAUAAUGUAUAACAGACUAUAAUUUAAACUACUCAAGCAUAGCAUAGUGUAGUGAGAACAAAUGUUUGUUUUACAUCCUCAUUAAGGACAACAAAUUAUUCUUUUAACAUUUUGUUUUGGAUAACCCAGUUUUGUUUAAGUUAACAACUCUUAUGACGAAGUGCUCAGAUUUUCUGAAUGGCUCACUUGCUGUAACCCAAGUUUAGUCCUCUGUGGCAUCAGGAAAUAUAAAAACGGAAUAAAUAAAAGCAAAAAAAAAAAACGAAA